AUGGCAACACCACAGCCCGACCCGGUCUCGCCGAAAGCUACACCUCUGCGUCCGCUUCCCUCUGAGGAUCCGCUCACGCCCGAGCAAUGGAAUACGCUGCUGGCCGUUGCCGACGCGAUAAUACCCGCCAUCACGCCCGCGUCUGCCGCAAAGCCAGACUCGGAGCAGCCCGCUGCAGACACAGACUACGCGGCCGCGGUCAGCACGCUGAGGGCACGCAUUCCCGAGAGCGAUGCUGAUGCCGAGUCGACGGCCAAGGGCUAUUUGGCAGAUGUCCCAAGCCAGCAUCCUGCGUUCCGUGCAGAGCUGCAACGCAUCUUUGCAGUGUAUAUGCCCGUUAGCCAGCGGAACGAGCUGCUCAUGGUGCUAAGUGCCCUCGACACAAGAGCGGGGUCCUUGGUCAUGACUGGCUAUCUUGCACCCAUUAGCGCCCAGCCGGUUCACAUUAGACAGUCAAUCCUCCGCAGCUGGCAGGACUCGCGCAUAUGGCCGCUUCGCCAACUGCACAGCUCGCUUGCCGUCCUUAGCAAGCAGGCCUGGGUCAAGACGUCGCCCGCCUUGCAGCGUGUCCUGGGCGUACCGCGAGUCCCCGUGGGCAUGAAGCCCGGCAAGGACUAUGACUACGAGUUUAUACACAUUCCCCCAGGCGACGAGCCCGAAGUCAUUGAGACGGAUGUGCUCGUCGUGGGUAGUGGGUGCGGAGGCGGUGUAAGUGCAAAGAAUCUGGCCGAAGUAGGGCACCGCGUCUUGAUUGUGGAAAAGGGCUACCACUGGACCCCAGACCACUUCCCCAUGACCCAAGCCGACGGCUGGAACCAUCUGUUCAUGAAUGGGGCCUUUUUGACGUCGGACGACGGCGCCUUGUCCAUUGUUGCGGGCGAGACGUGGGGUGGCGGCGGAACCGUCAACUGGUCUGCCUCUCUCCAGACCCAGGGCUAUGUCCGCCGCGAAUGGGCAGCACAGGGCCUGCCCUUCUUCACGUCGGCCGAUUUCCAGCAGUCGUUGGAUCGUGUCUGCGAGCGCAUGGGCGUGUCUGCUGAGCACAUCAAGCACAACCCAGCCAACCAGAUACUGCUCGAGGGCGCCCGGAAGCUGGGAUGGACUGCCAAGCCAGUGCCACAGAACACUGGUGGCAAGCAGCACUACUGUGGCCACUGUACCUUCGGCUGUGGCUCUUGUGAAAAGCAGGGGCCCGCCGUUUCCUUUCUCCCAGACGCAGCUCGCGCAGGCGCCAGGUUCCUUGAAGGUUUCCAUGCCGAAAAGGUCCUCUUCUCCAAUGAGCGCGGCAGCCAGAUAGCAACGGGCGUCGAAGGCACCUGGGUGUCGCGCGACAUCAAUGGCGGCGUAGCGGGCACUCCCAUGAACCGGCGCAAGGUGGUGAUCAAGGCAAAGCGAGUGGUUGUGUCGGCGGGUACCAUGCAAUCGCCUUUGUUGUUGAUGCGGUCUGGCCUCUCGAACCCGCACAUUGGGCGCAAUCUUUACGUCCAUCCCGUUACCUUUGUGGGUGCGUACCACAAGCAGGACAUCAAGCCAUGGGAGGGCGGUAUCCUGACAUCCGUGGUUGGUGAGUUUGAAAACCUCGAUGGCCAAGGCCACGGUGUGAAGCUCGAAGCGACCAACAUGGCCCCGUCGGCGUGUCUGAUGUGGGUACAGUCGAAUGGCGGAGGCUUGCAAUACAAGCUGGACGCGGCGAGGCUGAAGCACAUGGUCGGGUACAUCUCGAUUGCCAAGGACAGAGACUCGGGCAGAGUGUAUGCGGAUCCCGUCGACGGCAAGGUGCGCUUCUCGUACCCGGUUAGCAAGUUUGACCGGCAGCACAUACUCGAGGGUCUUUUGGGCCUGGCCAAGAUUCAGUAUGUCGAGGGCGCGGAGCAAAUCUUCACUACCCAGCCCGGGCUGAGGCCUUUUAUUCGCAACCCGUCGGCGGCAGACGGCGAUGGCAUCAACGACGCAGAGUUCCAGGUGUGGCUUGACGAGGUGCGGGCCAAGGGGCUGCCGUCGCCAGAGAGCAUGUUUAUAUCUGCGCACCAGAUGGGCACCUGUCGCAUGAGUGCGCGCGAAAGGGACGGGGUGGUGGACCCGCAGGGCAAAGUUUGGGGCACCGAGGGGUUAUACGUGGCCGACGCGAGCGUGUUCCCCAGCGCCAGUGGGGUCAAUCCCAUGGUGACUAACAUGGCGAUUAGCGACUGGAUCAGUAGGGGGAUUGCAAAGGGCCUGGAGGAGCGGUCGCGGUUGUAG